CGACGGGGAGCGGGAGGUGCGGGCAGGGCGGCGGCGCAAGCCCAGACCUUGACCGACCUAGAGGAGGCCUCACACCUGAGACCCUCCCGGUUCCCGGAAAGCGCCUUCAAGAAAGUCAGGGUUGACCUUGGCCUACUGCGCUCCUGGCUAGCCCGGGGGCACGCUCACGCUGACCUCUGGCUGCUCCUCAGACCAGGCUGAGGAGUGACCCACACCAGGUCCUGCUCCCUAGAGCUGUAAACCCUAAACCAGCCAGUGCCCCUAUCCCAGUCCUGCGGUCUUCGCCAUGGUGAAGUUGCUACCAGCCCAGGAGGCUGCCAAGAUCUACCACACCAACUACGUGCGCAACUCACGCGCUGUGGGAGUGAUGUGGGGCACGCUCACCAUCUGUUUCUCGGUGCUGGUCAUGGCUCUCUUCAUCCAGCCCUACUGGAUAGGCGACAGUGUGAGCACGCCGCAGGCCGGCUACUUCGGCCUGUUCUCCUACUGCGUGGGCAACGUGCUCUCAUCUGAACUCAUCUGCAAGGGUGGCCCUCUGGACUUCUCCUCUAUCCCCUCCAGAGCCUUCAAGACUGCCAUGUUCUUCGUGGCCUUGGCCAUGUUCCUCAUCAUUGGCUCCAUCAUCUGCUUCAGCCUGUUCUUUGUCUGUAACACGGCCACGGUCUACAAGAUCUGCGCCUGGAUGCAGCUGGCAGCAGCCACAGGCCUAAUGAUCGGAUGCCUGGUCUACCCCGAUGGCUGGGACUCCAGCGAGGUACGGCGCAUGUGUGGUGAGCAGACGGGCAAGUACACGCUGGGCCACUGCACCAUCCGCUGGGCCUUCAUGCUGGCCAUCCUUAGUAUUGGAGAUGCUCUCAUCCUCUCCUUCUUGGCUUUCGUGUUGGGCUAUCGACAGGACAAGCUCCUCCCUGAUGACUACAAGGCAGAUGGGAAAGAGGAAGUCUGACGUGACUGAGGGCUGACGAGUCACACUUCGGGCAGGACAUUAUUUCCCUGGCAAAGAAAAUCAGAACUCAGAUCCUUCAGAGAUGAAAACUUUCCUCCAGCUUCCUGCUCUCAGAUCUUUCAGCCUGAGGCACAGAGUCCCAGGACAGGGUAGAACCCAUCAGUCUCCCGCUGGCUGCGCAGACAACUGUCCGCAGCAGACACUACCACAGAAGGUGCAGCGAUCCACAAGAUGGCAGUCAGGGCGGAGUGGCUGAGGGUGCUUCCCCACAGAGACGUUUCCCAUCAGCAGGCCACCUCACUCUUUGGUGACCUCUCUGUUGGACAUUAGGUUUGUGAUCCAUGUCUGGAGGUCAGCAGCACCC